UCAUGCCUUCAAAAAUCCAAAUCACUGCUGCGUUUCUUGAUGUCAUUCACCAUCAAUUCACACCACCGAUCCUUCAAAUCUCUCCAUCUUCCGCUCAAAAUCUUCAUCUUCAAUUGCGCAUUUUCCCGCCACUUCACUAGCUGCAGCAAUUGCAGCUUAAAUUCAAUCGAUGCCGAAUCUUUCUUCACAUCCCUUCUCCAAAAAUCAACUCGCAAGACUCAUCUUUUGCAAAUCCAAAACCAGUUAAUCGUCCACGGCCUGCAGAGAAACGGUUUCGUAAUCACUAAAUUCAUCAACAGAAGCUUCGAGCUCAAAGAAAUCGACCAUGCCCGCCAAGUGUUCGACGAAUUUCCUGAGCGGCAUGUGUUCCUCUGGAACGCAGUUAUCAGAGGGUAUUCGAUGCACAAAAUGUUUGACAAAGUUCUUGAAAUGUAUUCCGCAAUGCAGAAUGCUUUUGUGAAUCCGGAUGCGUUCACAUUCCCUUAUGUGCUCAAAGCUUGUGGAGAUUUGCCCGAAUCACGAUUCGGCCGAGCAGUUCACCCGCAGAUUCUCAGGCACGGAUACGACGACGAUGCCUUCUUGCGUAACGGGCUUCUCUCGUUCUACGUCAAGUGUGGCGAGAGUGCGAGCGCCCGUGCGGUUUUUGAUCGGAUGAAGGUUAAGGAUGUGGUUUCGUGGACUCUGAUCGUCUCGGGAUAUGUCCAGAAUGGGGAGGCUGUGGAGGCUUUGAGGGUCUUCCGGAACAUGAGGGAAUCGGGUGUGAAUCUGGAUUGGAUCGCCUCGGUUAGUGCUUUGAAGGCGUGCUCGGAUGUUGGGGAUUUGAAUCAAGGGAGGUGUCUCCAUGGUUUGGUGAUCAGAAUGGGGUACGAGGUCGAGCCUGACCUGCGUGUCGCCCUCGUUUCCUUGUACGCGAAAUGUGGUGAGGCGAUGGCUGCAAGAUCGCUCUUUUAUGAAGCUACGGCUGUAGAUGUGAUGCUUUGGAACUCCAUCAUCUCUGGUUUUGCUAAAAGUGGCUAUGCUUUUUUUUUUAAAAUCAUAAAAUUUUCCCUCUUAAUUGCGGUCACGUGCACAUGGCAUGGUCUCUUUUACCAAUGA